ACUUGGUUUACGUACUGCACACAUAACCCACAGUAACAUGUCCUACUCGUUGACAUUGGGAUAGCAAACCGACACCAGACGCCUCUGUGCUGACUUCUCUUACAGGGCAGGAUGGGAGCCUCCUUGUCCACACCUGCUGCUCCUACAGUCCGGGCAGAGGCCAUGAUGGCCGCCCCCCCUCAGGGCUGCCCCAUGCACCAAGAAGCCCAGCCUGUCAAAGUGUCUCCACCUGCGGAGUGUCCCAUGCAUCAAGCUCAGCCUGUGAAAGCGUCUCCCCCGGCGGAGUGUCCGAUGCACCAAGCAGCAGCAGGUCCAGUUCACCAGGACCGGGCCUAUGACUAUGUGGAGUGUCCCAUGAAAGCUGCAGAAGGCACGAAGAGUGACAUCGACCCAGCUAACAUGAUGCCUCCUCCUAACCAAGUACCAGCUCAAGACCAGCCCUUCGCCCUCCACCUGGCCAGAGAGGAGUCCACCAUUCCCCGUCACAACGCGGAAAAGAACUGGGUUUACCCGUCUGAGCAGAUGUUCUGGAACGCCAUGCUGCGGAAAGGGUGGCGCUGGCGUGAGGAUGACCUCGGCGCUAAAGAUAUGACCAACAUCAUAAAAAUCCACAACACGAACAACGAGCAGGCCUGGCAGGAGAUCCUGAAGUGGGAGGCGCUGCACGCAGGUGAAUGUCCAUGUGGGCCGACCCUGAAGAGGUUCGGUGGUAAAGCCAAAGAGUUCUCACCGAGGGCUCGCUUCCGCCACUGGAUGGGCUAUGAGCUGCCUUUCGACCGCCAUGACUGGAUCAUCGACCGCUGUGGGAAGGAGGUGCGCUACGUCAUCGACUACUACGACGGAGAAAUCAACAAGGAGAACUACCAGUUCUCCAUCCUGGAUGUGCGCCCCGCCUACGACUCGUUAGGUGCCGUCUGGGACCGCAUGAAGGUGACCUGGAUGCGCUGGACCUCCUAAAAGGGACUCGGGACACACACACACACACACACACACACACACAGACUGUGAAACUGGUGUUCCUUAUUUUAGCUCUGUACAAGAUGUGCUGUGCAAAGAAAACAUAAGCAGAACUCCUGAAGACAAAUAAAAUGACUUGGUGUUUGCAGAACGUCUGUUAGGCUGCAUGAAGCUUCAUCUGCUCAUCACAGUGAUUUCAAAGGUCAGCGUGUGUCUCACUCUGCUCACUGUCGGGAACACUCCACCAAUGUGACACACAAAGGUCGUCAUGAGGCGCUCCGUCUGCUGUGGCCACGACUGAAGAAAUAACCCUGACGAUGUCAUAGUGGGGUAUAAAAGUCAGCAUACAUCUCCUUCUGCUGCUUCAUUUUGAACCAUUUAUUUGUUAACCUUUCCAUGUUGCAUUUAUGUUAAAGCAAUACUGAGUUGCUUGAAGUACGGAUUUGUAGUUCUUAUUCUGCUGAGUCUCUGUAGACUCGUGCUGCUUCUGAUUAGCUGUAGCUCAUGUGGCGGCUUUGACUCGUGGAAGAAUUGUUAGUUAUCGGUGCUCCCACACGUCCUGGAAAACACGUUUUUCAGUUCUUCAAAUUUCAUUGAAAGUUAGAGGAAAAUUAAAAUGUCCUGGAAAAUCUUCUGUUUCAACAUUCUCCUUUUUAUUUUAUUUUAGAGACACACUGUCACACCAGCCAUAUCACGGGGAAAGAUUGGGACCCGUGGUUGUGGUCACAAUAGUUUAUGCUUCAAACACUCAUAUUCUUCAUUAGGAAUACAUCAUUUCAUCUACAGUCUGUUAUUUGUUGGUGUGUUGCCUGUAUAUGAUAAAUGAGGAGUACUGCUGUACAGUAUUUUGCUUUUGAUGCAGCACCCGUAGUUGGUCCCACUCAAUGGUUCUCCAUGCAGACUGAGUGCUCGGUGACCCGUGUGAUUCUCCUCUGAUCCACGCCGUCAUAUGUUACUGCAGCACAGCGAUGAGGAUAAUGCGUAUGGGUGACCAUGGCGGGUGAUGGGUGUCAGUCUAGUUUGACUUUUGGGUUUAUAGUUCUAUUUUUUUAAAAGGACCAGGAUGGACGUGAGGCUUGCUGUUAAAUCAGCGGGACAACAGUAGAUUGUUUGGAGGUAGAGCCGCUGACCAGUUGACAUGCUGUUCAUCACUGCAGCUUACUUCAUACACUGUAAGACUGCAUUAUUUCAUAAUUAGUGCUAAAGCUCUUAAGUUACUUUAAAGUCACUUUCUAUCUGCUUUAAUGAUUUUGAAUCUGCUUUUCACAGUGUAACAUGUUCAUGUCUGACUUCAGCUUAUCAAAUUUAGUUGUGUUGAUAUUUGUAUUUAUUGAUUCAUUAUUAAUUAUUAUACCUGAGGGCAUCAUCUUGGUGCUUAAGUUCUUCUAGCUCUGUUGGUCAACUAAACUAACAAUAAAGCUGCUCAUCUUCUG